AUGCCUCGAGAUUCGCGCCCAGCCGGGAUGCGCCUCUUCGGCGUCACCAUCGCGCCGGCGCCGGAGGCGGAUCCGCCGGAACGGGAUCCGAGCCCCAACCCGCCCGUGGCGGCCAGGGAGGACGUGAUGCGCAAGUGCAAGAGCAUGGGCAACCUCGCCGCUCUUGGCGCUGGCGCGGACGGUGGAGGUGGCGCGGACGGCGGAGGCGCCGGCGACGGGUACCUCUCCGAUGGCGGGCUGAUGCAGUCGUCCGGGAAGCGGCGGAGGGCGCAGGAGAGGAAGAAAGCUGUUCCUUGGACUGAAGAGGAGCAUAGAACAUUUCUUGCUGGUCUUGAAAAGCUAGGGAAGGGAGACUGGAGGGGUAUAGCGAAAAAUUUCGUUACCACCAGAACACCAACUCAAGUUGCAAGUCAUGCUCAGAAAUAUUUUCUUAGACAAACUAAUCCAAACAAGAAGAAGCGCAGAUCUAGUCUUUUUGACAUGAUGCCAAGAGAGCUGUCACCAACACCAAAUUGCCCCAUAUUACCACCAUCGAUGGCAAAAGUACAUGACGUGGUAGCUAUGACGAAACAGCUCCAGAAUAGCAACUUGGAAGGAGCCUCAUCUUCCAAUGCAGCUAAUGUAGCAUCUCAAGUUGGAAGAGAUCUCCCCCCAGUUCCAUCUUUUAAGGCAACAAAUAUAGAUUCAAGUUUCAGCAAAUUUAGCCACAUGGAACGCUACUGGAGAACUCCCAACCCAUUCAGACCAAUUCCUAGAGCCCCUGAAGGGACGUCUUCAUCAACUCCUGUUGCUGCCAAUAUAGCUGUUCCAGCCUCUCAAGCUAACCUGACUGCAUGUACUAGCACAUUCUUGAGCCAGCGAGGUGAUACUUCAUCAUUGCCUCCGAAGGGAGAUCCUCCAUCAGAGGAGGAUGAUUUGGAACUGACUGUUGCCCCACCCUCCCAACAACAAAAUAUGACCAAUAUGUCUUCCCAGAAUGCGGUCCAGACAGAAGGCAUCUCACAUUAUGAUAUCAAAUAUUAUCAAUGUGAAAAGUGA